AUGGAUCACCAGAUAGACCGACUGGUCAACAAGACCUGGUCAAAAUUCUGCUCAACGGCAGACGACGCGCGCCUAAUGAUCGCCAUCAGCGGCAUCCCAGGCUCCGGCAAAACAGGCCUAGCAAAGAUGAUGGCAGUGCGGAUUAACAAAAUCUACGCCUCAGAGAACCCAACAACGUCAACACCGAUAGCUAUCGCCCUCCCAAUGGACGGGUAUCAUCUGACGCGUGCACAGCUGGCCGCUAUGCCGGACCCCGAUCAUGCGGCAGCACGACGAGGCGCGGCAUUUACUUUUGAUGGUGAGAAGUUCCUCGAACUUGUGCGGGCUCUGCGGGAGCCGAUUACGGUCCGCACGCGUUGUCUCUACGCACCGAGCUUUGAUCAUGCUAUUAAGGAUCCAGUUGAUGAGGACAUCCCGAUCCCGCCGACUUGUCGGGUGCUGUUCUUUGAAGGGAAUUAUUUAAGCUUAGAUCGGAAGCCGUGGAGCACAGCUGCUAAGUUGAUGGACGAGCUUUGGUUUGUGGAUGUCGAUUUUGAGAUUGCGAGGAAGAGGUUGGUGAUUAGACAUGUUAAAGCGGGGAUUGCGAAGGAUGAGGAUGAGGCGGAUAAGAGAGCUCGACAGAAUGAUUUGGUUAAUGGGAGGGAGAUUGUGGAUCACAGGUUGCCGGUGCAGGAGAUUGUUUCUAGUAUCUUUGAUCCUGUUUGGGAGAAGUCAUGA